AUGAAUAAGUCUUUUCCACUUGUAUUGGCGUGUUUAUCAGGAAUACUCACAACAAUAGCAGGAAUAGGCUUAGGUCUCUAUGCUUAUCAAUGGUGGGAUCAAGUAAACAUUUUGUUUCCUGCUUGGGGUGGCAAAUACGCACUUUUACCAAACCUAACAGAAAUAAUAUGGUGCUCAUGUGUUGUUUACCUUCUUCUAUUAGCUUUGACAUGUAUUUCAGCAACAUCCCACGUUUGUGGUGAUACAAUGCCAAAAUUUACAUUUGCCUUCGUUUUCAUUGGCCUAACAUUAAGCUUAGCUUCAUCAAUCACACUUGUUCUCAAAACUACAGAGAGCUCAUGCAAAAAAAUGAGAGAAACUGAAAAAAAGGCAGUUCCAUCUGGAAUUUUGACUAAAUUUAAUAAUUGGAUUAACGAAUUUACUGAAGGAUGGUCAGAAACUCAAAUCCACGAUUACAAAGAAAGCUAUGAAAGCUGUGUCUGUGAAAAAUACGGAACUAAAAUUUGGAUAUGGAUUGGAUUUUCAAUAGCAGCUCUUAUUCUUGGUCUUUCAUAUGUUGUUGUUAACCAAGUAGAAAAGAAACGAAUUCAAGAUGUUCUUGAGGGAACUCCACUUUCCCAAGGAAAUUACCAGUAUCACUAG